AUGGCGACUAGGGUUUGGCUCACCGCCCUCCUCCUCGCCUUCCUCCUCGCCGCCUCCCCCUUCACCGCCCGAGUUGCUAGAGCUGAAUCGGAGGAAGAUGCUGCUGCAGCUGAGGUUGUUGAAGGGGCUGAUCUAGGUAUUGUGGGUGAUGAUACACAGGUUUCCAGUGAUGGACCUUUAAGCCCUGCUCCUGGUGUAGAGACAGUAGUUGUCUUCCCCAAAAAUGCUGGCAAAAUUGUACUAGCAGGUGAAGAAACUGAAUUACUAGUUGGUCUGCAAAAUGACGGUGAAUCAACUUUGAAUGUUGUUGCUGUUCAUUCAACUCUCCAUCUUCCUUUUGACCAUCGUAUGUAUGGCCAGAACCUUACUGUUCAGCCUGGAGCCUAUGAUCUGGUUGGUUACAUAGUGUAUGAGAUCGACCAGCACCCUUACCAGAAUGUAUUCUACAAUGGCACUGUCGAGGUCGUUGAGGCUGGAGGCUUACUCAGUGUUGAGUCUGUGUUCCUCAUCACCCUUGGAAUUGCACUUCUUGGUCUCUUUGGAUUGUGGGCAUAUGGCCAGGUUCAGCAGCUCUCGAAGAAAACAAAGAAGGCACCCAAGGUGGAGCUCGGAACCGGAACAACUGAUGCCAACAUGGAUGAGUGGCUGGAGGGCACUUCGUUUGCGCAGAGAAGCAAAUCCAAGAAGAAGCAGACCUGA